GUCAAGUCCCGCCUUUUCAGCUACCGGUUUUGGUGAGCAAUCGGUUGCCCAAAAUGGGCAGGCAAAAGCGCCAACGUGUUGGGAGAAGCGGAAGUAGUCAAAUUUCACUGAGAACCGUAAAGUGCGGCUGGCUGUCUCCCUUUCCGGAUAAAGACUACAGCUCCGACUGUCAGUGCCGGCCUUCCUCGUGGACCCUUGCUAAUUCAAUAUUUUUCCCCUAUUCUGGGCCCUUCCCUGUCGUCGCCCCCUUCACCUUGGAUCAUGUUCAAGAAACUCUUCAGUGUAAGGAAGACAACCAUUAUUUGGGAACCUACUUAGUGGGUUUGCUUUCCAGAUUUGGUAGACGCAAAAAGCAAAGGGGGAACAUGGGAAAAGGAAGAUUUGAUGAAAAAGAAAAUGUGUCCAACUGCAUCCAGUUGAAAACCUCAGUUAUAAAGGGUAUUAAGAACCAAUUGAUAGAGCAAUUUCCAAGUAUUGAACCAUGGCUUAAUCAAAUCAUGCCUAAGAAAGAUCCUGUCAAAAUAGUGCGAUGCCAUGAACAUAUAGAAAUCCUUACAGUAAAUGGAGAAUUACUGUUUUUUAGACAAAGAGAAGGGCCUUUUUAUCCAACCCUAAGAUUACUUCACAAAUAUCCUUUUAUCCUGCCACACCAGCAGGUUGAUAAAGGAGCCAUCAAAUUUGUACUCAGUGGAGCAAAUAUCAUGUGUCCAGGCUUAACUUCUCCUGGAGCUAAACUUUACCCUGCUGCAGGAGAUACGAUUGUUGCCAUCAUGGCAGAAGGUAAACAGCAUGCUCUGUGUGUCGGAGUCAUGAAGAUGUCUGCAGAAGAUAUUGAGAAAGUCAACAAAGGAAUUGGCAUUGAAAAUAUCCAUUAUUUAAAUGAUGGGCUGUGGCAUAUGAAGACAUAUAAAUGAGCUUCAGAAGGAAUGCACUUGGGCUAAAUAUGGAUAUUGUGCUGUAUUUGUGUUUGUGUCUGUGUGUGACAGCAUGAAAACAAUACCUCUGUGGUUAUGCUGAAUAAAUUCAACAGAUGCUAAAAUUC